UUGAUUUUAGUGGGAGAAUUACCUGUGAAUAGUUUGAUAUGUGUUUUCAUCAACCUCUCCAGUAAUUCUUAGAAAGAAGAUUCAAUAAUCUGAGUGCCUUAAAACUUCAGGGAAAUAGUAACCAGGGAGUUGCUGUGUAUAUACUAUUUUUAAUCCAGACUGUCAGGUGCUUGAGUGGUAAGAAGUGCAGAAAUAAUGUCAGCUUCCUAAAAUAUUAUACUGGGGAAGGGUUUGGAGCUUGUAAAAUGUUCCGGGCAUAAAAUAACUAAAUCCUUCUAAGGUAGGCUGAUGACUUGAAGCUCUGCCUUGUGAAUUUGUUUUUCAUUUUCUUUUAUAAACUUGGAGUCUAGAUCAAGGAUUGUGACAAUGAAGUGAAGUAGGAAGUUUUGGCUGAACUUGAUAGAUAAUUUAAGCUGUUUUUCCCUCCUUACUUUGAGAUAAGCACAAUAGAUAAUGUUACCAAAGGUUAACUAUUUCUUAAAUGUAGAUGUCAGAGGCAGCGCUGAUAAUUUUCAGGAUUUUAUAAUGAGGGGGGACAUGUCUUAAUGUUAUAGUGCGUAAGAUAUACAAAGCCAUCUGUCUGCAGUAUUUGCAUAUAUGCAGAACGCCUGUCUUGAGGUAGGAAGUGAGAAUGUUCAAUCAGAAAAGUCCCUGUCGUUCACUUUCACAUUAACAACGUACUGCAGUUGGGUUAUUUCUUUGUGCAGAGUGAAGCUAAUUAGAAAAAUGCCUAGGUUGUUUGAAAAGUAAUGAAAGAGAAAGUGAGAAGUUUGUAUAAAGUGGAGAAAUGAGUCAUAAUUAUUGUUAAAUGAAGCUGUUAGAACAGUGUCCAAAGUUGUCCUGAAUCUUGUCAAUUUUUAUAAGAAGUAACCCCCCCCAAAAAAAAAACACAAGAAAAAUACAUUGCAGAGAGUUAGUAUAAUUUGCUGCAGUUCCUUGUGUUUCCCACCUUCUACUUUGAGAGGGAGAAAGUAAUCUACAUUGACCAUAGUGCUUCUCUUCCUGGAGAAAUAUUAUUUGAACCACAGUGCUGCUACUUUUCUCCAGAUUCUCUAGGCAAUGGGCAUUCUCAUCUGAAUUCAAUGUGGAUUUUGUCUGUGGACAAGAUAAUGAUAAACUGCAUGAGUAGAAUGUGGAGUGAGUCAGCCGGUAAAGACACAAUAUACCAUAUAGCCAGAAGUGGAUAGGACUGAAAAUCCUCAUUAGUAUGGGGAGACAGUUUGAAGUCUGUAAGGUUGAAAAUCGCAAAUGAACCCUUUGUAUAUACGUUAGUUUAAUUCAGAUCUGCUUCAUGACAAGGUUAGGAAAGACUCUGGGGCUUAAAGGUGAUGAGGACACUGAAAACCAUCUCUUCAAAUGGUGGACGAUGUGUCAGACCGUGUAAGGGAAUCACAUGGAGAUGGGCGUUUUGAACUGUUAGUGGGGACAUGGGACUCCCGUUGUCUCUGAUCCCACGUGUGGAUUUUCCCAGCGAAGAAGGACAGAAGCCGCUCGUAAGUCACCAAGGCCGGCAGCCGGACUCCUGCACGAAAGGGUGUCAAACCUUGUGAUUUAAAUUUGCAUCUGGGAGAAUGUCUGAGCCAGGAGACCUGAGUCAGACCAUAGUGGAGGAAGGUGGGCCUGAGCAGGAGACGGCCACUCCGGAGAACGGUGUGAUUAAAUCUGAGAGUCUGGACGAGGAGGAGAAACUGGAAUUACAGAGGCGGCUGGCAGCUCAGAACCAAGAGAGAAGAAAAUCCAAGUCAGGAGCAGGAAAAGGUAAACUGACUCGCAGCCUUGCUGUCUGUGAAGAGUCCUCGGCCAGACCAGGAGGGGAAAGUCUUCAGGAUCAGGAAUCAAUUCAUUUACAGCUUUCCAGUUUUCCCAGCCUGCAAGAGGAGAAUAAAUCUAGGAAAGAUGACUCUGAAAGAGAAAAAGAAAAGGAUAAAAACAAAGAUAAAACCUCUGAAAAACCCAAGAUCAGAAUGUUAUCAAAAGAUUGCAGCCAAGAAUAUACGGAUUCUACAGGCAUAGACUUACAUGAGUUUCUGAUUAACACGUUAAAGAAUAAUUCCAGAGACAGGAUGAUCCUCCUGAAAAUGGAGCAGGAAAUUAUUGAUUUCAUUGGUGACAACAAUAAUCAUUAUAAAAAGUUUCCUCAGAUGUCAUCCUAUCAGAGGAUGCUUGUCCACCGAGUGGCCGCUUACUUUGGGCUGGAUCACAAUGUCGAUCAAACAGGGAAAUCGGUCAUCAUCAACAAGACCAGCAACACAAGAAUACCAGAGCAAAGGUUUUGUGAACAUUUAAAAGAUGAAAAAGGUGAAGAAUCCCAGAAGCGGUUUAUCUUGAAGCGAGAUAACUCUAGUAUUGAUAAAGAAGACACUCAGCAAAACAGAAUGCAUCCAUUUAGAGAUGACAGACGAAGUAAAUCAAUUGAAGAGAGAGAAGAGGAGUAUCAGAGAGUGAGGGAGAGAAUAUUUGCACAUGAUUCAGUUUGCUCCCAGGAAAGCCUCUUUGUGGAAAACAGUAGGCUCUUGGAAGACAGUAACAUAUGCAGUGAGACCUAUAAGAAAAGACAGCUCUUUCGGGGCAACCGAGAUGGCUCAGGAAGAACUUCGGGAAGCAGGCAAAGCAGCUCCGAGAAUGAACUCAAGUGGUCUGACCACCAGAGGGCCUGGAGCAGCACAGACUCCGACAGCUCCAACCGCAACCUCAAGCCGGCCAUGACCAAGACGGCGAGUUUCGGGGGCAUCACGGUGCUCAGCAGGGCUGACAGCACGUCCAGUAGCAGGAGUACCGGGAAGCUGUCCAAAGCAGGUAGUUCCGAGUCCUCCAGCAGCGCAGGCUCCUCAGGAUCGCUGUCACGCACGUAUCCGCCUCUCCAGAGCACUCCGCUGGUCUCGGGCGUGGCAGCCACUUCUCCUGGCUGUGUGACCUACCCAGAGAACGGGAUGGGGGGCCAGGUCGCUCCUAGCAGCGCCAGCUACAUCCUCCUUCCGCUCGAAGCUGCCACAGGCAUCCCGCCCGGAAGCAUCCUCCUCAAUCCACACACAGGCCAGCCCUUCGUGAAUCCUGAUGGAACCCCCGCCAUCUACAACCCCCCAGCCAGUCAGCAGCCCCUGCGUAGCGCGAUGGUGGGGCAGACCCAGCCGCAGCCCCAGCAGCAGCCCUCCCCACAGCCUCAACAGCAGGUCCAGCCAGCCCAGCCGCAAAUGGCCAGCCCCCUGGUCACUCAGUCUGUCCAGGGGCUGCAGGCUUCCUCCCAGUCCGUGCAAUACCCAACUGUGUCUUUUCCUCCCCAGCAACUCCUGCCCGUGUCUCCAACGCCGCAGUUCCCCCUGAGAGAGGACGUGGCCACGCAGUUCGGCCAGCUGACCCUGAGCCGGCAGUCUUCAGGGGAGACUCCCGAGCCCCCCACAGGUCCCGUCUACCCACCAUCCCUCCUGCCUCAGCCCACCCAGCAGCCAAGCUACGUCAUCGCUUCCACGGGUCAGCAGCUUCCCACGGGGAGCUUCUCUGGCUCCCAGCAAGUCCUCCAACCCCCUGCCUCGCCACAGGGAUUCGUGCAUCAGCCUCCACCCACACAGAUGCCUGUGUAUUAUUAUCCGUCUGGUCAGUACCCUACCUCAACCACGCAGCAGUACCGGCCUAUGGCCUCGGUUCAGUUCAGCGCUCAGAGGGGCCAGCAAAUACCGCCAACGGCGCAGCCAGCAGGUUACCAGCCAGUCUUGUCUGGUCAGCAGGGGUUCCAAGGCCUCAUGGGGGUGCAGCAGCCAGCUCAGAGUCAGGGCGUGAUGAGCAGCCAGCAGGGAACUCCAGUGCAGAGCGUGAUGGUCUCCUACCCAGCCGUGUCUAAUUAUCAGGUGCCAAUGACCCAGGGUUCUCAAGGACUGCCCCAGCAGUCGUACCAACAGCCACUCAUGCUCCCUACCCAGGCAGGCCAAGGCUCCCUCCCGGCCGCUGGAAUGCCCGUGUACUGUAGCGUCACCCCGCCGGCCCCUCAGAGCAGCCUGAGGCUGGUGGGCCCGCACUGCCCCUCGAGCGCUCUCCCCGCGGCGUCGGCCAGCUGCAGGACCAACUGUGCCAGCGUGAGCAACGCCGGGUGGCAGGUCAGGUUCUGAGCGCCGGCCGGGCCCGCGUCCUCCGGCGCCACCGCGGCCCUCUGCGGGAGCAGGAGCCAGGCAGGGAGGCUGGCUGAGGGCUGAAGUCUUCACUCCACACCCCAAUGACUGCUGCUGGUAUUCUGUAAAAAAAAAAAGACUAAUCCACACGUUAGCUGGUUAAUGGUGCAUAUUUCCGUCAUGUCCGCUAGGUAUGCCUUUCUAGCUUAGCUAGUGACAUGAAUUCAUCAAGGUAAGAUUUUCUCCUACCACUGAAUACCACUGUGUAGACAAUACUAUCCCUAAUUUGGAUUAUUAGUUUUGUACUUUGUGUUGAGUUUGUGAUGCUAAGAAGUAUUUAAAAAAAAAAUUAUAUACUGAAAUCACAUUGUACCAAAGCUGUAAUGGAAAAGAAAAGAAUUGAUGAAUGGAAGGAAUAAUUUAUAUACACAAUAGAGUUUUCUUUUUUUAAUGGAUAUAUACUGUAUUGUAGUGUUUAAUCGAAAUAAAACUAUUUGACCUUAUGGAGGAAGGUCAUGUUUUUACCACCA